AUGUCAUUUGGUGAUGAUAUUGAAGGAACUACUACUCCGAUUUCUUUCGUUCAUGAUAUACUGUUUCCAUAUGUUACAAAAAACUUGGAAAAGUUUUUACAUAACAACUGGGCAUCACAAGAGUUACAAAAAUAUGUUCAAGAGCUACGAAAACAAGCAGAACAAGAUUAUAAAGAAGGAAUGCCCGAAGCCAAAAUUAUUCCAGAAGAAAAUGAAAAAAAUACCGACGAAGUAAUAAAAUCUGUAAUUCAUAAUAUCGAAUGGCAAAUGAAAGCUGAUAGGAAAAUUGGAGCCUUGAAAUCCUUUCAAGGUUACAUGUGGAAAUUUGGUUACGAAUCUGGUGAAUUAGAGAGUUUAAUGUAUGAUGAUGUUUUGGUUGCAUUAAACAAAUGGAAAGAAGCUGGUAUAAAAAUUUAUAUUUAUUCUUCUGGAAGUAUAGCUGCACAAAAACUACUUUUUGGUUAUACAAAUAAAGGCAAUUUAUUAGAAUAUUUUAGUGGACAUUAUGAUACUUCAAUUGGUUCUAAACUUGAGGAAUCAAGUUACAUUAAUAUUUGCAAAAACAUUGGAUCAGUGCCAUCCAAAAUCUUAUUUCUUAGUGAUAAUGUCAAAGAAAUUAGUGCUGCAAAAAAAGCAGGUUUUCAAACUGCAAUUAUACAAAGACCAGAGAAUCCACCUUUAUCAGAACGUGAUCUCACAGAACAUUUGGUUGUGAAUGACUUUUUAAAGAUACUGGAAUAUUCAAAUUUAUAA